ACGAACUAGAAUUACAGUUAAACGACAAUCUGUACAGAAAAUCCGCAAAAAAGCUUCCUCAAUUAACCUAUUAUUAUAUAAUCUUCAUCGGAGAUUCUCUUUAACGAACUUUAGAUUCUCUGGCAACAAGGUCAUCAAAUCUUUUUACCCUUUUUAUCUUUCAUUAAACGCGUACAUACAAAUAUUUAUUCAUUUAUCUAUUUAUUGUUUAAUGUGCAUAGAUAGAUACACAAUUUCAGGGCUUUUGAUACAUGACAUUACAAUCCUCAUCGUAAAUCUUGAAGUGGGUUGUAUUAAAUUUGGUAGCUUUGUGCUUCUUGGGUUGUUUUUUAAUAGCUCAAUUGUGUGUUUUUAGAGACUUAUAGGAGAUUUGAAUUUGGUGAUUCUAUGUGAUUUAUUUGGAUAUUUUUGAAAAAGAUGGAAUAGAUGAGUUCAGUGUGCUCCUUUCGGGUUUUUUGAGGGCGGUUUAAUUGGUGACUAACCCUUUGGAUUGUUAAAGAAAUGAGAAGUGAAAUAUGGAGAUGGGGGUUAGGUUUAAGUUACAUUGUGGCGGUUGCGAUUAUCUGGAUUGCUGCUAGUUUUGUAGUUCAGUCAGUUGUUGAUGCUGGUGUAUCGCCGUUUCUUAUCACUUAUAUAUGUAAUUCAUUGUUUGUGGUGUAUAUUCCUUUGGUGGAAAUCGGGAGGUAUUUGGAGGAUGCAUAUGGUGGUUUGCUCUUUUGGCGAUUUAGGGAAGGUGGUAGUUUGCAUGAAUUGCAAGAGUCGGAGAAGACUAUUCUUCUUGGGGGAAGUGAUGCUGAUCACCAAGUUGGGGCUGAUGAGCAAUUGGCAUCUAGUAGUCAUGUAGAUGUCAUAGUUGCAAGGGAAUUUGAGUCGGGUCAAUCAGAUUUUGUUAAUUAUGGUUUGGAUGAUAAAGGGAGGUGGACGAGGACCAGAGUGGCAAAGGUCAGCCUGUUAAUAUGUCCACUUUGGUUUCUGGCACAGCUUUCAUUCAACCUUUCCUUGAAAUAUACUACGGUCACAUCAAACACCAUCUUAAGCAGUUCUUCUAGUCUUUUUACUUUCAUUGUUUCUCUAAUGUUCUUGGGAGAGACCUUCACUUGGGUGAAGCUGAUUAGUGUUCUUCUUUGCAUGGGAGGAACAGUUAUUGUAAGCUUGGGGGACUCAGAAUCAGGAUCCAGUGCAAUUGCCUCAAAUCCUUUUCUUGGGGAUACACUUUCUCUUUUAUCAGCUGCUUUCUAUUCUGUGUAUAUCACUCUGAUCCGUAAACAUUUACCGGAUGAUGACGAUGAAAAGAGUGGACAUGUUAGCAUGGCUCAAGUCCUUGGCUUUCUUGGGCUAUUUAAUCUUCUUAUUUUUCUACCUGUCGCACUUGUGCUUAAUUUUACCAAGCUGGAGCCUUUUAAUAUGCUUACUUGGAAGCAGUUUGGCCUGAUUGUCGGUAAAGGUUUACUAGACAAUGUUCUGAGUGAUUACUUGUGGGCCAAGGCGGUUCUUCUCACCACCGCCACAGUAGCCACAGCAGGACUUACAAUUCAAGUCCCAUUAGCAGCCCUUGUGGAUUCAGUGAGAGGAAAUGCACCACACCCUAUGGACUAUGUAGGAGCUGCUGCCGUCAUGGUUGGUUUCGCGGGCAUCAACAUCCCGUCAGAUGCAUUCUCAAGAUCGCCAGAAUCCAGCCUUGAAUUGGAAAAUGUUAAUCCUUGUUCAACUGAUCAAGAACACCUCUAAGCUAGUGCUUGAUAGAAAGAUUGCUGAAAGUAUGGGGCGUGGAGGAUGUAUCAGCUUCCAUUAUUGCCUCAAGUCUCUAGGGGAGGCACUGGACAGAUUAUUUACACUGAUUUUUGGCAAUAUUGCCUGCGUUGCAUCACCUUCUGAUAGUCAUACCAAUCACUUAUAUGCAUCUUGAUCGAUCGAUCCUUUAAUUUAGAGUAUCCUCCUCCAAAAAAGAAAAGAAAGGAAUCGGUUUAAGCUUAAGUAUGAUGCUGAGAAAAUCCGACCAUCAUUGCCUAAUCUUGUACAAUCCAUGUAUGACGAAAUCCGACCAUCACAAAACUAUCAUCGUGUAUUUUGAAAGUUCAAUCCCGCUUAUAGUUGAGAAAUAACCAAUAAUCAACAUUAAAUCAUUUAUUUUUUAAGAUGUUACA